GUAGAAAGUGUGUCAAGAGUGAUGUCGCCAGGCCGACUGCCUGGCAACAAUGGCCUUAAAUACUAGUGACAUGAUUAGUGAAAACGUGAGACAGGUGCGUGACAUGAGGAUGUGAACCAGGUGAAACUAAUGGUUACUAUGGUGACAAAGCAAGGGAGUGAAGACAAGAACUAAAAAGUGUCCAAAAACCAAGCAAAACAAAAACAUGAUCAACACAGACAUGACAGACACCAGUGUUUUUGUCACAUUGAGGAUCUUCGGCGAGUGUUAUUGCAGUAAACCCCCAAAACAGCAGUGUUUCUGUCACAGAGAAGCUUAAACCAACAUUUCUACGUAGGUCCUUAAAACAGAACCCACUGACCCACCUGUUAUAUUUUCCAUUGAGGCCCCCCUUCUUGGCUCAUGGUCUUCUUCUCUUGGUGCUAUGGAGGGGCAUCAGAGGGGAAGACAAGAGGCCCAACUUUGUCCUCAUCAUGGUGGAUGACAUGGGAAUCGGGGAUGUGGGUUGCUACGGUAACAACACCAUCAGGACCCCCAACAUAGACCGGCUGGCCUCGGAGGGGGUGAAGCUGACUCAGCACAUUGCAGCCGCUCCUCUGUGCACGCCGAGCCGAGCUGCCUUCAUGACGGGACGCUAUGCUACCCGCUCAGGAAUGGCAGGAUCCGGCCGGUCACAGGUGCUGCUCUUCCUCGCAGGUUCAGGCGGACUGCCUCCCAGUGAGACCACCUUUGCUAAGAGGCUCCAGCAACAAGGGUACACCACGGGCUUAGUUGGUAAAUGGCACUUAGGUGUCAACUGUGAACACAGAAGAGAUCACUGUCACCACCCUAACCAACACGGCUUCAGCUACUUCUACGGCAUGCCUUACACCCUGAUCAACGACUGUGUUCCGGGCAUGGGAAGGGAUAUCUUGGCUGACCUUCAGCAGACACUCAAAAGUCUGUUCCUGUUCCUCGCGAUUGGACUUUUCACACUGGUUUUUAUCCGUGCUUGUGACCUUUUCGACAUCAGCCCACGGCUCUUGACGGUGCUCUUCACAUUCGCCGUCCUGGCGACUGUCGUGUGGUACGUGCCCUUUGAACUCCUGCCCCGAUGGAACUGCAUCGUCAUGAGGGACCAGGAGGUGGUGGAGCAGCCGAUGACGGUGGAGACGUUUCCCUAUAGGAUGCUGACAGAAGCCCAACACUUCGUGAAGAGGAAUGCUCAUCAUCCGUUCCUUCUGUUUUUCUCACUGGCUCAUAUGCACUCUCCGCUCUUCAACACGCCUGCAUUUGCUGGCAAAAGCCGCCACGGUCGCUAUGGUGACAACAUGGAAGAGUUGGACUGGAUUGUUGGGGAACUAACGGAGACUGUGGAUUCACUGGGCCUGGCCAACGACACUCUGAUCUAUUUCACCUCAGACCACGGUGGAUUCCUUGAGGAUUCCCAUCCUCUGAUUGGCCAGCGAGGAGGAUGGAACGGCGUCUAUCGAGGUGGGAAAGGAAUGGGGGGCUGGGAAGGCGGCAUCAGAGUUCCUGGUAUUUUCCGCUGGCCCAGCCGACUGGCAGCUGGAAGAGUGGUGGACGAGCCCACCAGCCUGAUGGAUCUGUACCCCACACUCAAGUAUCUAGCCCAGGACACCCGAUCAGACAGACACUUGGACGGUCACAACCUUAUGCCGCUGUUGGAGGGGAAGGUUGGUCGGUCUGAGCACGAGUUCAUGUUCCACUUCUGUGGCAGUUACCUGAACGCAGCACGCUGGCACCCUCCUGGCAGUGACUCCAUCUUCAAGGUGCAUUUUUUCACCCCAAACUUUUCCCCCCCGGGAGCCAUCGGUUGCUACGACAUCUUCCUCUGCCGGUGUUUCGGAGACCACGUGACGCAUCACGACCCGCCGUUGCUCUACGACCUCUUCCGCGACCCUUCAGAGUUGCGCCCGCUCAGUCCCGAAACGGAGCCGCGCUACGCUGAGGUCCUCCAUCAGACCGCCAAGGCCGUGGAGAGGCAUCGGCGCUCCGAACACAACGCUCCGACCCAGAUGACCUGGGAGAAGACCCUGUGGAGGCCCUGGCUUCAACCCUGCUGUGGAACAUUCCCGUUCUGCGGCUGCAAAGAAGACACCAAGUUAGUGGGAAACAAAAUUUGACAACUUGAAAACAUACAUUUCAAUUUCAUUAGGACUAUUAGCAUGACUGCAAGAAAAUACAGCUAAGGAUAAAAAAAAAAAAAAAGAA